ACGAUUUAUUGUUAGAUUAUUUGGAAGUCGAAGAAAAGUUUCUUUAGCAAUUGCGGAGCAAUCAGAUCUUUUUUUGGUUAUUUCUGUUGAUUUAAUCUUUGUCGGAGUAAAAGCUGGAGGAAGAGGGAUCCAUGAUGGCUAUUAGUGAAGUUGAAGUAUUACCGCCUGAUGAGAAAAAUAAGAAAAAUAUGAAUAACUCCUCCUGCUGCAUAUGCAAUAAUAAUAUGGGGUUCAACAUACCAGAUGAUGUGUUGGUUGAGAUUCUUUGUCGUUUACCUGAAAAGCCGCUUAUCAGGUUCAAGGUCGUUUCUAAAACAUGGCACUCUUUAAUUAACAAUUUUUGUGUUCCUAUAUUAUCAAAGAGUGCACCUAUUUGCGGGCUUCUAUUUCAUUCUACGCUGAAUAAUGGUACUGUAGUCCAAACCCAGUAUAGUCCCCUCACAUCUCCGGAGGAGGCUGACCCCAACGUAUUUGUUCAGUCAUAUAAAGCACUUCUGCCAUCUGACCCAGCUUCAUACAAGUUGCUUGAUUGUUGCAAUGGACUACUGCUUUUUGUCAGGGAAAACACUCAGUAUUACGUGUGCAACCCUGAAAACACUCAGUAUUACGUGUGCAACCCUGCUACCAAACAAUGUGUGGAGAUUCCCAGAUUUGUUGAACAUCCCACUGCAUCCUAUUCUUGUUUGGCUUUUAACCCUUUCAAGUCCCCACAUUAUAAGGUUGUAUGUGUAGAUUACACACAACAUGAUACUUCUUUAUCUAACCCUCCGAGAUUGGACAUAUUCUCCUCAGAUACGUGGGAGUGGGUUACUCGUGAAGUGCCAAUUGAAGCUCCAGUAUAUGGAGUUCCUUGGAUCAAGUGCACUGCUUAUCUGGAUGGGGUGCUAUACAGGUUAUCUCGCUCGAACCACCUUUUGUGUUUUGAUCUUAAUGCAAUGAGUGCUCGUGCAAUUGAGCUGCCGACUAAGUAUAGAAUAACCAAGUAUAGGAGUAGGAGUCGUGAUAGAACGGUUAACUAUAUGAGGAAUCACAUGGGAACUAUUGGUGCAUCCAGAGAUCAUUUAUAUUAUGCUAUUUAUGAUGGGCCUAACAUGCAGAUUUGGUUUCUAGAGGACCAUAGUCUAAAAGUUGGUUCUCACUGGAUUUUGAAGCAUACUCUCUGCACUAACCGUUCUGCUGAAGAUCCGUUGGCGGAAUUUAUUUUUCUUGCCCAUUUAUGUAAUUAUCCAUUCAUUCCCUAUGCAUUUCAUCCGACUUCUGAGGUUUUGUUCCUUGGGAUUCCCGAGCUAAUAGGUACCUAUGACCUUGAAAGCAAUAAGUUGGAAAAAGUCUUCGAACCAAAACUUGGGGCCAGAUUAGUUUGCCCGCUGUAUAAUAUUCAUCCAUACUCUCGUUGCUUGGUCAGUUUAAAAGAUUGUCUUGCAAGUCGUCAUCGUCCUCAUGGAUCAAUCCAAUCAACCAAAACAUGAGGAUUGAGGAGGCUUCAGUGCACUGGUGAAGCUUGAGAAUGAUUUAGUAGGCUGUGAAUGUCACUACACAGAAUCUGUUUGUUAAUUUAUCAGUGAAGGUUUUGUUUGUCUUUUUUGUUUCUUUUUUUUUUUCCCCUUUCUUGGGGUCGUGUUAUAUGACAGUUGAAUGACUCUUAAGUUACAAAAUGAGAUUUGAUCCAAGUGAUUGUGCCCUUGGUGUGGAUGGGGGUGUGAGUUUUUAUCUUGGUCGAAAAUCAAGGAAUAUAGAGUUGUCAUCUUGA